CCCCGCCCCGGCUCCCCGCUCGCCAUGGCGGCCCAGCUGCUGCUGAUGAUCCCGGCCCUGGGCAGCUUCCUCUUCACCUUCGGCACCGGCGUGGAGCUGAUCCGCUUCGCCUCGCUGCGCGCCGUGCUGCCCGGCGGGGGGCGGCCGGAGGCCACCCCCCAUGUGGAGUGGGGGGCUGCCCUGCGGGACCCCCGGGUGCUGUGGCCCCUGGCCAUGGACCUGGGCCUGGUGGUGGUCUUUGUGCUGCAGCACAGCCUCAUGGCCACCGCGCUGGUCAAGCGCUGGACCACCAGUUGCUUUGGGGUGCUGCAGAGAUCCUUCUACGUCUUCUGCACCGCCCUGGCCCUCCAGCUGCUGAUGCGGUACUGGCAACCUGUCCGGCACGGCCCCCUGCUCUGGAACGCCUAUACGGAGCCCUGGGACACCUGGGUCCCGCUCAUCUGCUUCAUCCUGCACUUCAUCGCCUGGCUGGUUAUCUUCAGUGUCAUCCUCAUCUUCGACUAUGCUGAGCUCAUGGGAGUCAAACAGGUUUAUUACCACUGCCUGGGCAUGGGGGACCCGCUGGCGCUGAAGUCCGUGCGGGCUGUGCGGCUCUAUUCUCACCUUCGCCACCCCGUCUACCUGGAGUUCCUGCUGGUGCUGUGGGCCGUGCCCUGCCUGGCUCUGGAUCGCCUCCUGCUGGCUGGCCUCUUCACCACCUACCUGAGCUGCGGGCACAGCCUGGACCAGCAGGACUACCUCUACCUGCGGGCCCAGCUUGACAAGAAGCUCCUGGUCUUCUCCCGCGAGGAGGCAGCCUACGGGGAUCUGCUGGCCCGAAAUGGUCCCGCGCGUGGCAAGGAGAGCUGAGGGGCCGGGGCCUGGGUCUCUGCCAUGCACUGAUGCCCUUAGGUCAAAAACCCUGCACUAGUUACUGUAGGAUUAUCACUUCUGAGUGCCUAGCAGCAGCUUGCAAAACCAACCCCGUCCCUGCUCUAACCACUAGGCUCCACGUCCUCCCAAACAGAGGGGUAGAGCCCAGGAGUCCUGGCUCCCAGCUCACCCUGCUCUAACCAUUAGAUCCCAGUCUCCUCUCAUAGGGCUUUAAGUUCUGUUCCCAGCUCGGACGGGAGUGGGGUCUAGUGGUUUAG